CACACACACACACACACAAGCUCAGUCUAGCAGAGAGAGCUGAGCAUCACAAUAUACAAGACCUUCGUUUUCCACGCGAGGAUUUAGUCAGGCUACCUCUGAGAGAAAAAAGAAGAAAAGAAGAGAAGAAGAGAAAAAUGAACACCAGCGACGCCAAGGAAUAUCUUUCCAGGCGGCAGAUCCCUCACCUUUUUGAGAGCAUGUUGACUGGCUUGAUGUACCACCGGCCUGAGGAUCCUUUGAGCUUUCUGGAAAACUGCUUGCAGAAAACACGAGAGCUUGGGGGUCCUGAAUGUGUGGCCUGGGACACCUUCAUCACGCCUGACAGGAAACCAUUACCCCCUAUUACCACUGUCCAGGGAAAGAAAGCGCCCUGUAAACUGGACAGUGGUCCUGGUCCUGGGCCUUACAGACGCUAUGACAGACUGCCCCCCAUUCAAGCUCAGUUCUCCAUUGAGAGUGAUUCUGACAUGACCGAGUCUUCUGGACUUAUACAGGAGUAUGAUGUCUUUGACCCAUCCAAACCACGGCCCCACAUCAUAUUUGUCAUAGGUGGACCAGGCAGUGGGAAGGGCACUCAGACGGCUAAGAUUGCGGCUCACCAUGAUUUUGAGUGUGUAUCUGUGGGGGAAAUUUUGAGGAACCAGCUGCUGCACCAUGCACCCAGUGAUAGGAAGUGGGAACUGAUUGCUCAGAUCAUCGCCAACGGAGAACUGGCACCUCAGGAGACGACUAUCGAGGAGCUGAAGCAUCAGUUCAUCAAGAAACAAGACGCCAAAGGCUUCAUUGUGGAUGGAUUCCCGCGGGAAAUAUCACAGGCUUUCACGUUUGAAGAACAAAUUGGCUCUCCAGACUUAGUGAUUCUUCUGGCAUGCUCCAAUCAGCAGCUCCGUCAGCGUCUGGAGAAGCGUGCCUCACUGCAGGGUCGGCCUGAUGAUAAUGCUCACGCCAUUGAAAAAAGACUAGAAACCUUCAAGCACAACAUAAAUCUCAUUGCCAAGUAUUACCAGGAGAAAGGACUGAUCAUUAGGGUUGAUGCCGAUCGAGAGGAAGAUGAUAUUUUCACAGAUAUCAAUGCCAUAGUCAAAGAGCGACUGUUUCCAGAUGACAUGAAGGAAGAGGAACCAUGCUGAAGAAUUCCAGAGGGAUUAUGAGUAUAUUACUUCAACUAUCUCUGAAGUUUAGGGUGAAUCAAUUUCUCUCUGGUGGACAAUUAUUUUUUAUUUGAAUCUUUUAUCCACAUUGAAGGUUGGGGAAAAAGUACAGAUGGUCUCUCUUUACAGCCAAUUUGCUGUAUUCUGUGGCAUGACCAGCAUUUGUUAUCUGUAACUACAGUAAGUGCCAUGACCAUGUGAGAAUUUUCAAGCAUUUGGAUGGGUUCUUCUAUCUUUUUUCAGUCUCAGCUGCUUUAAACUGUGCCUCUGUGUUACCCUGAGCCCUGGUUAAUGUUCUUGUUAUUGCUAUACAGAAGUUAUCAGGGGUGAUUCCGAAAGAGGAAAUACAGAUAUGGAGGUGCAUUUGAGGAGUGUUUCCUUUAAGAGACGUUUCUAUUUAAAUACACACUUCCUCAAGUUGUCAUCUUGUAAGUGAUAAAAAAAACAACUAAUCAAUCAUCUUCUGGCAUAUAAACAUGUUUUCUUUGUUAUAUUAGGGAUAUGGUGUACUUCUGACUACAGGCCAUAGCAUGUCACUGAGCACCAAAGUGAAGAUAAUAUGGACAAAUAUCCUGAGGCUCUGCUCUCAUUAAUGGUCUUCAGUCCAGCUGGGCCACUUGUGUUCAGUGGACAAACAGUUAAUAUUCAUGCUUGCUGACAGAUGUUGAUCACUUACAUGAAAUGUCAACACAAAGUUUGCCUUGAUGCCUCUAGUUAAUUGCAUAUUUGCAAGACAUGCCAACUUUGCAUCUUGUUUAAGCUAGUAAAGUUAAAGGGCCCAUAAAAUACAUUUUCUUUGUUAAAAUAAGAGUUUGCUGAAGAUCUGAACAUAGUUAAAGCUUCAAAACAUACAAUUCAUCCUCUAAAUUAUUCCAUAUAUUCAAUAUAUGGAAACUAAGCAGCUAAUUUUUAAUUCACUGUUUUGUGAUGUCAACAAAAAAAUGCAUUUAUUUAUACCUAUUCAACCUAUAGCAGUUUAGUCCUGUCUAUUUAUGUUCAUGUUGUAAGAAAUGAUUCAACCAAGCUUUUGAAUAAGGCACAAUGCAGGGCAGCCAGUCAGAACAGAGCUCAGUGACAUAUAAGAGUCUUAAAAGGACAUAACAAAUACAGCUUGUUUAAUCAUUUACUGAUAAAGAGAGGUUGGAAAAAUGUAAUAAAAAAAUAAUUAUGACUGUUUUUGCUACAUUAAAACCACACAAAAGUCAUAGGCAGACCUCUAAGGGAAAAAUGAAAACAAGAAAUAUAUAGGUUUUGGGCAUGACUUGAAAAAUAACUAGUUAAUGAUUGGAAUAUCAUAUUUACAUUGUAUUACAUGUACUGUGCAGAUUACUUGAAAUGCCCAAAAACUCAUGCCAGCCUUAAAAAAAUAUAAUGCUUCAUGCAUUUCCUAAAGCACACCACUAGAGAGCAGCCUUUCACUUUGCAGAAAAGUCCUAAACUCUGUAUGAAUAUACGUAAUUUCAGUGCUUGCUUAUCGCUAGUGGCAUAAGAAGUUUUCCUCAGGAUAUUCAUAGAGUCUUAGGAAGAUUACCCAAAUCUCAGAAUCAAAGCCAUGCAAGCUGUAAAUCAGACAAAACAAAACAUCCCCCUAAAAUCAGGCUGCAAAUUACAUUACACAGCUUGCUCCUGCUUGGUGUAGAUAUCAUUGUUCACCUUAAAUGAGUUUUGGCAUGCUUCAUUUGUUCUAAGUGCCCUGAGAGCACUCCAUCAUUGGUGUCUCAAUGAGCAGUGGAAUGUGCCUGCAUCUCAGAAUAGUAUCCUCCUUAUCGCUGUCUUAUCACUGUGGCCUGCCUGCUGGCUAACUGGUGCAAAUGACACCGCUGGCCAACUUCCUCAAACUUCAAUCAAACUUCACUCCUACUGCCAGAAAUACUUUGUUUUUAUAUGAGUGUGGUUAUUUUACUAUUUAUUUGCUUACACUAUGUCAAUGUACUAUAUAGAAAAUGAUGCGAAGAAAAUAUACAGUAAACUUUUUGAAGCCAACUUUCUGUGCACUUAACAUUCUUAUGAGGCCUUCUACAUUCUGUUUAUUGUUUAAUUAAAUCAUUUUUAUUUCUAGGCUGAAGGGUUGUAGAAGGGAUACUCCACUAGUUUCAAGCUGAGCUCCAUCUGCUGUAGAUUAAAUUAUGGUUAUUACCACA